UGGACGAACAAGCGCCAUUUUGGUUGGGAGUUUGAUUCAAAACUUUGAUUGCAAUUAAAUGUUUGUUGUAUUUUUUGGAAAUGGGAAAACGCAAAAAUCAACAGAAGCUCAAGCAAGAAGAAGAGGAAGAAGAUUAUGUUGUCGAGAAAAUAGUCGAUGAACGUGUGGUAGACGGUAAACAUGAAUAUUUUUUAAAAUGGAAGGGUUACUCUUCGUUAGAUAACACAUGGGAACCAGCUGAAAAUCUCGAUUGUCCGGACUUACUCGAGGAAUUCAAAAAAUCACGCGAUGUUGCACCCAGAGAAAUAACUAGUGAAUCUCGUAAAAGAAAAGCAGAAGAAUCUAGUUCGGUCAUAAGCCACGAAAGACCUUUGAAAACAAAAGUUAAAAAGAAGAAAAAAACCUCAUCAAAGUCAAGCAAGUCAGAUUCAUUAAAUGGUGAAGGUGAUAAGUCAACAACAGAAAACGAAAUUGAAGUUUUACCUUCAAAUGGUCAAGAAGUUGAUCAAAUUUCAGGUUUUGAUCGCGGGCUUGAAGCAGAUAAAAUACUUGGUGCCACAGAAGUUGAUAAAGAAAUUCAUUUUCUUGUUAAAUGGAAAGGUUCAGAUGAUGCUGAUCUUGUUCUUGCUAAAGAAUGUAACUUAAAAUGUCCUCAAACUGUCAUCAAAUUUUAUGAAGAUCGUGUCACUUGGAUACAAAGAAAUGAGAAUGAUGAAGAUACAGACAAGAAAGAUGAAUAAAAAGACUGCUUUUAACUUCUGAAUAAUGUCUGUAGAAAAACUGCUGUACAUACAGAAGGACGACUUAUAUAGGCGGUUCACAUUCCUGGUUUCAAGAUAUUUUGUAAAUAAAGGAGUUCCUAUCUUCUGGUUUAUGGACAGCAAGAUUUCGUUUCAUUGCUGUCAUCGUCAUAUCAUUUUUUCGAACUAUACUUUACCUUGAAGAUCAAAGUGAAAGUUCCUCUCCAAAUCUCUUUGCUUUUUGGCACUAUUGCAUGUAGUUGGUAGUUAAUAAACACUUAGUUUAUUGAGUUGUUUAUAAAUCUUGUACUAAGUUUCUAUAAUAGUAUCUAUCCUACCUGUACUAAUGACCUUCGUUAUUGUUUCCAACAUAUUGUAUCAAGAAGAUUUCAGUGUCUUAACAUGGUUAUUUAGUUUUUUAAUUAUAAUAACAAUUGUUAAUUUUGUACAAGACAAA